AUGUCGAGUAAUGGCGUCGGGGACUUCAGUUGGAAAAGAUCAGUGUAAGUUUUUCUUGGAGUAACAUUCAUAACGUAUUAGGGGGUUUUACUUUGUCUUUGUGGAGGAAGAUCUUAGAAAUUGACGAGUCAUCGUAUGCCAGGUUUUGGAUACUCUCCUCUUCGGUGUCAAUAUAUGCAAGCAAACUGCUAUUGCUAGAAAAUGGAUUUCGUAAGUCGAAGAGCAGCAAAUGUACUUACUCAGGCUGAUUUGAAGACAGAUUACCGUACAGCAAAAGCCCAUAACCAAAUUACGCAAAUAUUAAUCAUCAUUUAGCUCUAACUUUCUCUACAUCUUACUUCGGCCUCUGUUUAUCUAUCUUCACCAUCGCGUCACACUAUAAAGAAGGGACUGAUGUCCAGUGUACUACGAAAGUCUUUCGGCCCACUCAAUCAUGGAUUUGUAUGAUUCCGGCCUCAUUUGCUUCUGCAGUUGCUUUGCCAAUGUUCAUGGAGGCACUCAUACAUAUGUCAAGUCUUCCUGUUUUAGUCAUGCUCUUUGUGAGUGACAUCCUACAAAGUCAUAAACAUACCACUAACAAACCCCAGCCACUAAUCUAUCUAUCAGAAUAUCUUACUCUUUUCAUUUCCUUUUCAUCAACACUUUCUGCAAGACGCUUAUCCCUUGAAACAAUUGGCAUAACAAUUUUCACGACUUUAGUCCUAUACUAUGAGUGUCGUCUCACGGUUACAGGAAUUAUUUUUAGCAUUGGAGCUUUCAUUGUGGCCGGAUUUUCUAGAGCACUUUUCCUCAUGGCAUCUCAGAAACUGCAUGAUGACGAACAUAAGAUAUCGUCAUCCUACCAUGGUUACAUUUUAAUGACCACAACUUUUGGCUUCCUCAUAAGUGGCUCUUUAGCUUUUACUCAUGAGACCAAUUUACUGAAUCACUAUCUCGAUUCAGGCACUGUGGUUUUGUUUUUUAUCUCCUCCGCAAAUUUGGUUGGAGCAACAUUCGCUGGCAACAGUUUUCUUAUCUACUCUCAAUAUAUUGUUCAGUUCGAAAUAAUUGGGAUGCCAAGUUAUCCCUUUCGCUUUCUAAGGUUAUCGUUUCAGGAAUCUCUAGCAUUCUUAUUCUUCUGAUAUCACUGAUUUUUGGGCCCGUAUCUGUGGUAUCAUGGGUUCAGUUUAGUGCCUACUUUCUGGCCAUGUUAUGUCUUAUUGGAGUUUCUACAGUUCACAAAUUCUUCGAAAAGGUGUUCGAAUAUCUUCAACGUCAUGUUCUUUUCCGUCCAUGUGACCAGGAUCCAAGCCCCAUGCCGAAGAAGAAUUACGUGUCGGUUUUAAACAUCUCGCUCACUGCCUCGGCUGUAUUGUCUUUCUAUGCAUUAUCCCUAUCACAACUCCGUGGAUUGUCACCAGGACCAGCUCCCUCUUUCGAUAACUCAUACACUCCGGAACCAUCAUCAUUCGAUAUCGUGAUAAGCGCGUACACAGAAACACCCGAGUCAAUCGCACGCAUGCUACACGCCAUCAAAUCAACAUCAUACUUAUCUUCAAUUGAUCCCCGCGUUUUGAUAUACACCAAAGACCCCACUGUAUCCUUAUCCAUGUUGAAGAAUUCCACAGGCGUUGAUAUCGUUAAACGUCUACCCAAUCUUGGUCGCGAAGGAGGGACGUAUCUCAGUCAUAUUGUUAACGAAUGGGACCAUCUUGCGGCUCAAACCAUGUUCAUUCAAGCUCAUGCUCAUAAUAUUCGGGAGCUCAUACCUCGAAUCAACUCAUACUUGGUGCCGCAAACAGGAAUGUUGAGUCUCGGGUUUUCUGAAGCCACUUGCUCAUGCAACAAUUGUGGUGACAGGUUUGGAUGGAAAGACGACUGGUCUGUGAUCCCGAGUCUGUAUGAACGUAUUUACGACUCGAGUUGUUCCGAUUCCACCACAGUUCUUUUAUCAUACAAGGGGCAAUUUGUCGCAUCAGCCAAACGGAUUCGUGGAAUUAGUCGAGGAAUAUAUGAGGAGUUACUAUCCACGAUAACAAGUGAAAGUGGAUGGAGUCAUGAUCCACGAUUUGUGAACAAAAAUGAUUCCACUGACAAUCCUUCGUUCGGAUUUGCAGUCGAGAGAAUAUGGGGUCUGCUCAUGCAAUGUGCGACUGACGACCGAGUUUCAACAAAGUGUCCGUCUAUGCUCAGCGGGAUGAUUAGAGGAAGUGAUGUUGGGGAUUGUCAGUGCUUGGAUACAAAAUAAAUAUUUAUUGGUCACCCAUUUAAAGAAAGAUUGGUCUAAUUGGUAAUAUCUGGAGUUUGGUGUAGGCACCUGUAUAUAUUGUGGUUAAUG